CCAGACCUGAGUGUUAUGGUUCACUUUACGAGCUGUUGUCGAUUCCUUUGAAGGCCUAAAGCUGGCCCAAUAUCGAGAGAAGAUAUGUGGAGAUUGCUUCCGGGAGAUCCAACGACGGCCGGUCGGAUGAUAGGAGGUGGUGGUGCAUUCCUGCUGUGAAUUGGAUCCAGUAGUAUCUCCACAUUGUAAAAAAUCCAGGACAAAUUGUGAGUGUGGAAGCACAAGUGUUGCAAAAGUCACGAGAAUGAAUGGCUUCUGACAAGUUUUUGGAGAAUUGGUCCACGGACAAUGGCAUGGAACAUGCACUUUUCCAGAUUAUGACUGCUCAACGCAGUUGCAUUUGAAGCUUCUAAACGGCAGCAACAGAGAGAGCAAGCGACUGCGGAACUGUGCGUUGAGUCAGAGCUAGGUCUAGUGCUUUUCGGCGCACGUAUUCAU